AUGGCGAUCCUCGAGCGGCCGACGCCAGUUGCCUUGAUGGUGCCUAAAGGCAUGGAGAUCUCUGCCUCCAAGGCCCCCAGUGUAAGCCAUGGGCUCUAUGCUGCCCCCCUUACCGUUGCCGCCGUCAACCGUGACACCGUCGACGCCGACGCCGCCUCCGCCUCCUCCUCCGACAUUUACGGCUUCGUCGGCCCCAAGGACUUCAACGCAACCGGCGCCAGCACCGAUACAACCUACGCCAGAAUCUACACCGUCAUCUACAUCUCUAACUACAAGCUCUACUCACCGCCGAACUUCAGCCUAUCGACAGACUGUAUCGUUCUCUCUUCCAGGUCAGACCAUCUGUCAGCGAGCGCCAGUGCCCUUCUAUCCCUCAUCAGGACCCAGGCAAGCAUCCCGCCCAAGCCUCUCAUACACAUGAAAGGGACGCGAGGACGCAAGGUCGACUUCGACAUCAAGCUCAAUCUGAUGGGUUUGCUGGUGCCGGAUGACACGAGCAAGCGCAUGCAGUACAUUCGCUGUGUCAGUGAGGGCGAGAUGGCGUACAGGGGCGGAGUAAAGCCAGACGUCAUUCCCGAAGUUGGCGAAAGAGAGCUUGAGGAGUGGUGCCGCCGCUUUAUUGAAGAUCCAGCGCAGGUCAAAAGUUUCGCACUUGAUCGAGUAGUUGCAAACUUGGACACGAUGUGGAUCGAAGGUCAAUUGCGAGCCCUGUUGGCCGCGACGCAGUACAAAGGAGUGCUCCAUGUGUCGUUUCCCGUAACGCACGCCAAGGUGGUGGUGCAAAACCAGCCGAAGGCAAACAAGUUCAUGACGAGCAUGAAGAAGCUUUUCUCGGGAAAGCACAAGUACGAAGUGGUGCAGUCAGUUUGGCCAUUUGCGACGGCAAAAAGCGGUGAUGAAGGAAGGAGAUACGCUGUACAAAGCGAAGAAGUCUGGUGGCGGGAGUGGCGGGACCCGAUCAGAUACGCAGUCUCGCAAAAGAGACAGAACGGCGCAUACGUGACUAAUGAGGAUAAGCUGGAGGCUUUGAUGGAGGGCAAGGGUCAAGAUUCAAUUGACUGGGGAGGAGUUGAAGCGAUAGACAUGCCAGAUGAGGCCGAGCUGGAGGGAUAG